GCCUGUCAUCGCCAUCAUGGGAAUAAGACUGCCGUGUGUUUAUUUUCUUGUCUUCGUCAUUUUACAAGAGGUGCCUGGCAUUAAGAUUCAGAACAAGCUGCUGGGUAAAUGUCUGCAGGCACAGGAAGGAACUACAGGAGGAAGAGUAUCUCUGGGUGAAUGCAGACCAUAUUCAGCUUUCCAAGAAUGGCAUUGGCUAUCACACAGCCAGGCUCUGAGAAAUCACCAUACUGGGGAGUGUUUAACUGCACCAGGAGAGCAGUAUGAAGGUGUCCACCUGCAGCCCUGCCUCUUUCGAGCUGAAAGUGAUGAGACUGAUGCUGAAGUGGCAGUGGUAAAUAUGGGCAGAGAUACAGGCAGCCAGGUAUGGUCCUGUUCCAAGAGAGGUCACCUGACUUUAGUAGGGAGGGGUCUGCACCUGAGUGCCACUCAAGAAUCCACUUUGAUCUUCCUUUCAAGGGAACAUAAGCAGCCUGGCAGCAGGUGGCGGACACUUGACAACCAGACACUGUGCAAUGGGAGAGACAACAAACACAACCACCACCAACCUCACCACAAUCUGGGGAAGUCGUUGGAACGUGGAAUUUUUCCAAGUGCCAUCUCUAAUACACACAAACAGUCUGUACCACCCUUCCCAGUUGAAGGUAUAAUGACCAUCAAUGUCACAGAAACAUACACUGGAAUGGAUGGGCCUCUUUCCUUCCUGAACACCACCUCUGCAGACCCCACCAUGGUUUUCUUCAGUAUGGACUAUGGGAUGGGCUGGAAGAUAACCAUGCUUGUGCUGAGCUCUUUGGCCCUGGUCCUGGGGACUGUGAUUCUUAUUCUCCAAGUGUACUCCAAUAGAAGGAAGAAGGUGGUGUGUGUGCUGAAGUCGUACACACCGAGGCCAGAGGUGAGUGUUCCUGGGUCCCCGGUGCCCAGCGAAAGGGCCCCGCUGACAGAGCAUGCCAUGCGCCUCCCACACUCCUCCCCAACUUUACAGCGAGGAGAAAUCCUCAUUCAGUGGAAAGAUGGCACUGUUACUCCACUGUACGAGGCCUGA